AUGGCCCCUUUCGCGCUGAUCACGCUCUCUACAAUCAUCGCGUCGACCCUGGCUGGGCUCAUCAAUGCAGCCAGUGACAACCGCACCUGUUACCACCUAGAUGGCAGCGAAGCCUCCGGCCAUGUUCCCUGUACGACCAACGACGUGACCAAUUGCUGCGAUUCUAGUGCAGUGUGCUUGAGCAAUGGACUGUGUCUGCUGCAGGGAAAUACAGGCCUUUCUUUCGGUCGUGCGACGUGUUCUUCCAAAGACUGGGAAACCCCAUCAUGCUUCGCACCAUGUAACCAAGAGUUCCGGAACGGCGGCUUGCCUAUUUCGUUGGCCUUGUGGAAUUCGUCAGAUUCUUUGUAUUGCUGUGGCCGUGUUAUGAACUCCCAGAAUGGAGACCUGACCUGCCACUAUGGCAGCCCGUUCACUCUAUCGCAGACCAAUGUUCUUGACGGGGUCGCUUAUCUCGCCAAUAAUACCUCGAACAGUACCUCCAACGGAAACUCCAGCACCACGCCAACUGACAUAUCAAGCGGCACGGAAAGUGAUACCCCAAAUAGUGAGUCCACUACGGCCUCGGGGGGAUCUUCCUCGUCCCAACGUGAUAUCGCUAUUGGUGUGGGCGUUGGUGUCCCUCUCGGUAUCCUUGCCCUGGCAUCUGUCGCCUGGGCGUUGUGGGAACGGCGCAGAUUCUCACAGCUGAAGAGUUCCUCGCCUCGCUUGCAGGAACUUGGACUUUUGGAACUCAGUCACCGCUCAGCCCAGCCGGUAGAGUUGAGCGCCGCAAGCAACCCGUCAGAAUUAAUGGGGUCGAUAAAGGACAUCAAAGAGCAUGAACCUCCGGUACCUUUGGAUAGACGGGAACAAUGA